AUUACUGCAGCUUUAAACCAGAUGGUAGUUUUCUAUGAAGCCAGGAAGUGGGCAGUUGCUGCUGGGUGAAACUUUGAAACUAAGAGGAAGAAGACGAACUACGUUAGGACAAGGAUGGAGAUCACCUCACUCUGCCUCAUGCUUUCAGCCACGCUGAAGAUCCAUCCCAACAGACUUCAGUUCUUUUGGUACAACCCCCUCAGUCUGAGCUGCACAGUGCCGGAAAACUCUGGAGUCUGGACACUGAGGAGAAACACCUCCUCUCGGGUUUCUGAGCCGUGCAGCGCGGGCUGGGGAAUAUCUCACGAGUUGUCCUGCAACAUUGACAACAUCUAUCCAUUAGACAGUGGAGUGUACUGGUGUCAGUCUGAGCGAGGGGAGUGCAGUAACGCCAUCAACAUCACCGUUAACGAUGGUGCUGUGAUCCUGGAGAGUCCUGCUCUUCCUGUGACAGAGGGAGAUGAAGUGAUGCUUCUCUGCUCUUACAGAGAAGAAGACGUCACCAAACCCACGUCUAAUUUCUCUGCAAAGUUCUACAAAGAUGGUGUUUUCCUUGGGACCCAUCCUGCGGGAAACAUGACCUUCUCAUCAGUGUCCAGGUCUGAUGAAGGUUUCUACAGGUGUGAACACCCCACAAGAGGACAGUCGCCACAGAGCUGGCUGGCUGUGAGCAGCAGAGGUCUGGUUAUUCCCAAACACAAACUAGUUUGUUUGUUUCCUCAUGUGAAAAGUGACAAUUCAAAUUCAUUUGCUCAAAAAUAA